UUUUUUUUUUUUACCCCCCGAACUGUAGUGGGUUUCCGAGGCAGUUGCAUGCAUUUUUCGUCUCCCAAAAUGGUUUGCGAGACUAAAAUUGUUGCGGACGAACACGAUGCUAUACCCGGGACCAAAAAAGAGUCGAUGAUGUGGAGCUCCCCCCCCCAGCCGGGCGAAGGGGGCGAGGGCGACGCGGUUUUCAUCCGCGAGUUCGAGCGCGGGGAUCAGGAGGAGGUGUGGCGCAUCUUUUACGAGGGCAUAAUGGAGAGGAUACCCAACACGGCGUUUAGGGCCAUCAGGCAGCAGCCCAAGACGCAGUUUUUAUACGCGCUUCUGACAGUAAUGUGCUUUGUCGCGACCAAGUUCACGCUGACCUGUUGUGCGCCCCUCGUCCUCAUGGGCGCGCGCUACUACUACAGCAGGACAGUUAUCCACAGCUAUCUGGACUGUGCUCUGCACACGGACAUGGCCGACAUAGAGGCUUAUUACAUGACACCUGCAGGCUCCUGUUUCUGGGUGGCGGUGCUGGACGGCCGCGUGGUCGGGAUCGUGGCGGCGCAGGGCCGCGAGGACGACGACGCGGUGGAGCUGCGGCGCAUGUCGGUGGACUCGCGGUACCGCGGCAAAGGCAUCGCGAAGGCCCUGGGCCGCCGCGUGCUGGAGUUCGCCGUGCGCAACAACUACGCCGCCGUGGUCCUCGGCACCACGGCGGUCAAGCUGGCCGCCCACAAGCUGUACGAGUCGCUGGGCUUCCGCCGGACGGGCCAGAGCGAGGACCACACGCUGCCCGGCAUGAGCCGCUCGCCGCUGGAGAGGCUCUUCUUCCAGAUCCGCCACAGCCGCUACCGCCUGCAGCUCCGUGAGGAGUGAGAGGUGACGGGGGGAGAGAGAGAGAGAGAGAGAGGGAGGGAGGUG